UGUUUUAUAUUUUGCAGUUGAUGAAGCUUUUGAACGGGAACAGGCAACUCAAGAAUUGAAUGAAAGCAAUGAACAAAAUACUGUCGCGGAGGAAGGAGGGGAAGAGCAAGAGGAGGAAACCGUCCCCUUAACACUGGAAGAAAGAGAAAACAAAGAUUACCUUAAAUCUUUGUUUGAAAUCUUGAUCCUAAUGGGUAAACAAAAUAUUCCUUUGGACGGCCAUAACAUUGAUGAGCUUCCAGAAGGUAUUUUUACUUCAGAUAACUUUCAGGCUCUACUGGAAUACAGAAUAAAUGCUGGAGAUGAAGUUCUGAGGAAACGAUUUGAGAUGACUGCGGUCAAUCUUGAGUAUUGUUCGAAAACGCAGCAGAAACAAAUGCUUGAGAUCUGCGAAAGCUGUAUCAGAGAAGAGACACUGAGGGAAAACAACGAGCAGAAGGGCAACCAGCUGAAGGAGAUCUGCCGUUCUCAGUGGACGGGCAGGCACGACGCUUUCGAGGUGUUAGUGGACCUCAUGCAGGCCUUGGUGCUGUGCUUGGAUGCGGUAGGCAACGACUCAUCCGUCAGGUGGAACAACUUCAUUGCUGGUCGAGCAUUUGUACUUUCCAGCGCGUUGACAGACUUUGACUUCAUUGUCACUAUUGUCAUCCUGAAAAACGUUCUGUCUUUCACGAGAGCGUUCGGAAAAAAUCUCCAAGGACAAACCUCAGAUGUCUUCUUCGCUGCCGGCAGCUUAACAGCAGUGUUACAUUCUCUGAACGAAGUGAUGGAGAACAUUGAAGUUUACCAUGAGUUUUGGUUUGAGGAAGCAACGAAUUUGGCUACGAAACUGGAUGUACAAAUUAAACUCCCAGGAAAAUUUCGCAGGUCGCGACAGGGGAACUUGAACUCUGAGCUAACGUCAGAAAAUUACUACAAAGAAGUCCUUAGUGUCCCCACGGUGGAGCACAUUAUUCAAGAAUUAAAAGAUAUUUUCUCAGAACAACAUUUAAAAGCUCUAAAGUGUUUAUCAUUGGUGCCCUCAGUCAUGGGGCAGCUGAAAUUCAAUACGUCCGAGGAGCAUCAUGCUGACAUGUACAAAAAUGACUUGCCUAAUCCGGACACGCUAUCCGCUGAGCUUCACUGUUGGAGAAUCAAGUGGAAGCACCGAGGAAAAGAUAUUGAACUUCCAGCUACUAUUUAUGAAGCACUUCAUUUGCCUGACAUUAAGUUUUUCCCGAAUGUUUACGCCUUGCUUAAAGUCUUGUGCAUCCUUCCAGUGAUGAAGGUGGAGAACGAAAAAUACGAAAUAGGACGAAAGCGCUUGAAGGCGUACCUGAAAAACACCUUGACAGAGCAAAGGUCGAGCAACCUGGCUUUGCUGAACAUAAACCUUGAUAUAAAACACGACUUAGAUUUAAUGGUGGACACCUACAUUAAACUCUACCCAGAAAAAGUGGAAUUUCAGGAAGACUUUAUUUCCUCAAACAACCCUCGAGUGACAGAAGAGGCUUAAUUUUUUUUUUAAGCUCUACCUAAUCUGUUGAAGCAGAUUUUUCUUAAUUAAGUCUCAACGCUGAGGAAAAAAUGUGAAAUCUUAAAAAUCAUGGCAAUUGUAUUUCCAUUUUAGGUCUCGGACUGGAGAAGCUGUGGUCAGUGACCCAAAUUAUGUUUUGUUAGUCUGCAUUAAAUGUGUUACGCGAACAAAGCCAGGCCUGAAAAUAAGCCCAUGCUCUUGGCAGAGGUGCUUUCUAUAUCUUAAUGAUUGACUUAAUUAGGUGCUCGUUUACUUUAUGGCAUCUUGGAAAAAGGACAUUAUGAUUGUAGAUCUGGUGGGGCUGUUACAUAUUUGCUCAUGAAUUAGGAUAAGAAAAAAAAAAA